AGCAUUAUCGGCCAUCUUGGCUGUCUAGCUGUGAGCACAUCUGUGCGGAAGUGGAAACUUCUCUCUGAGAAGUCUAGGGUUCCGCUUUUGGAUGGUUAGAUAGCAGCUUCAUUUCAGGUUUACAUUAAGCCGAAGAGAAGGGAAGAUGGCAGGAAGGUUGCCAGCUUGUGUGGUUGACUGUGGAACGGGGUAUACAAAACUUGGAUAUGCUGGGAAUACAGAGCCACAGUUCAUAAUACCAUCAUGUAUCGCCAUAAAGGAAUCUGCAAAAGUUGGUGAUCAGGCUCAGAGAAGGGUGAUGAAAGGUGUGGAUGACUUGGACUUCUUUAUUGGGGAUGAAGCAAUAGAUAAACCAACAUAUGCAACAAAGUGGCCUAUUCGUCAUGGUAUUGUUGAAGACUGGGAUCUCAUGGAAAGGUUUAUGGAACAGGUUAUAUUUAAAUACCUUCGGGCGGAACCUGAAGACCAUUAUUUUCUUUUGACUGAACCUCCGUUAAACACCCCUGAAAAUAGAGAGUAUACUGCUGAAAUCAUGUUUGAGUCUUUCAAUGUUCCAGGCCUUUACAUUGCUGUUCAGGCUGUCCUCGCUUUAGCUGCAUCUUGGACGUCAAGGCAAGUUGGAGAGCGAACCCUAACUGGCACUGUAAUAGACAGUGGUGAUGGAGUCACACAUGUUAUUCCAGUAGCCGAAGGCUAUGUUAUUGGCAGUUGUAUUAAACACAUUCCAAUUGCUGGAAGAGACAUUACAUACUUCAUUCAACAGUUGCUAAGAGACAGAGAAGUUGGCAUUCCACCAGAACAAUCUCUGGAAACUGCUAAGGCAGUCAAGGAGCGCUUUAGUUAUGUUUGUCCAGAUUUAGUAAAAGAAUUUAGUAAGUACGAUACUGAUGGAGCAAAGUGGAUCAAACAGUACACUGGUGUCAACGCAAUUUCUAAGAAAGAGUUCACGAUUGAUGUAGGAUAUGAAAGAUUCCUGGGACCUGAAAUCUUUUUUCAUCCUGAGUUUGCAAAUCCAGACUUCACACAACCCAUCUCAGAAGUAGUAGAUGAGGUUAUCCAGAACUGCCCAAUUGAUGUUAGAAGACCUUUGUACAAGAACAUUGUUCUCUCUGGAGGUUCCACUAUGUUUAGGGAUUUUGGUCGCAGAUUGCAGCGAGAUUUGAAACGAACUGUGGAUGCUAGACUCAAACUCAGUGAGGAAUUGAGUGGUGGCAGGCUAAAGCCCAAGCCUAUUGAUGUGCAAGUCAUAACUCAUCAUAUGCAGAGGUAUGCUGUAUGGUUUGGAGGAUCUAUGCUGGCUUCCACACCGGAGUUUUACCAGGUGUGCCACACCAAAAAAGAUUAUGAAGAGAUUGGCCCAAGUAUCUGUCGCCACAAUCCUGUAUUUGGAGUUAUGUCAUAAAGCAAAUUUCAGUACUUUCGUUAGGCCGUGAUGUACACAUCUUUUACUCCUGUACUGUCUGGAUAGCUUGUAUUUGCGAUAAUGUAAACAGUUUGAUUAUUUUGUGGGAGGCCAGACCAAACACAAUUAAGCUCAGCAGAUGUAGUAACAGCAUCAUCAGGUGGAGUAUGGCUCUAAUCCAGAUGGAUUGAAUGCUUUUUCCCCUUAUGUUGAACAUUUUGAACUUAUUACAAAGCUCUGCAAUGAUUUUAAAUUAUCUUGCACCCUGAUGUAUAUUGACUAGUGUGAGACUAGAAGGGCUCUGAUUGGGUAGAGAUAACUCUUAAAAAUGAUUUGUUUUGUGCUCCUUUGUAUGUACAGUACAAGAGCUUGUUUAUAAUUCAUAUUAAUUUUUUAUGUAUACCAUCACAGAGAAAUUGUUAAAUAUAAAUAACUGGUAUGUAUUAAAAAUAUCAGUAAUAUAACUAACAAGACAUUUCCGAUGUUAAAGGUAACUAGCCAGAAACAUCCUUGUUUUAUACCAGCUGACUUUGCAAGUGCUUAGGGAACUAAGAAACAAUGUUCCUCAACUAAUCCACCGCCUGUCAGUGCUUUCAGAUUUCUCAAUACUCUAUUUCCUGUUUCUUGCUACAAAAAAGAAAGAAAAAAGUUUUAAAAAAAUCUGUUGGACCAGUAUUGUAGUUCUGAAGCCUUGUGAGGCUGGUUUGAGCCAUUCCAAUAAAGACACACAGUUGUUUGUAA